UCUAGCGGGCCCUGGAGGAAAGCCGGGUCCUUCGCAUUCCUUCACUGAGCGGAAGAAAAAGUCCUAGCUCCGCGGGGAACACCGAGAAGGAGCUGGCGCUCUUUGGGCUCGCGGGAGCUGCGAAUUUGGGCGGGUGCACGCCUGCUAUUGGCGAAAAGGUCCACUUUAGGCCUUUCCGAAACUUCAGGAGCGGGAAUCUCCGGCCACGCUGAUCGAGGACGGAGGGGUGGAAGUUACGUCUCCCCGUCACAAGACUUCGCCGCGUUAAAGAUAGGUGGGAUCGCUGCAUACCCUGAGAUGGCGGUGAAGUGGUUAGCGGUCUUGACGUUGCUGGCCGAGGUCGAAUCUCCACCACUGCAAGCCUAUUGUGAUCCUGGAGAAUAUCCCUAUUCUGGGAUUUGCUGCAAAUACUGUCCUGCAGGUACCCAUUUUGAGGAAUACUGCGAUUCUCCACAUACGUUGGGGAAGUGUAAAUCCUGCACAGAUGGAGAAAACUACAUGGAUCGUGAGAAUCGUCUAGACCAUUGCUUAUCUUGUGAUGAAUGCAAAUCUGGUUUCAAAAUGGUGAAACCCUGCACUACAAAGAACAACACCGUAUGUCAGUGCAAUGAUGGCUAUUUCCGUCCUCAAGGCUAUGAGGAAUGUAUGAAAUGCAAGACGCGGUGUCCCGAAGGACAGGUGAUUGUGCAUAACUGCAAUGCCACGACGGAUAUGAAAUGUGGACUACCAAAUGCAGGCAGGAAUACUGAUGUUUUUGUAGCCAAAACAACAUCAUCUACAUCUAAGAGAGAGGUAUCACCAAGUCUGGAGAAACCCCAAGAAUCUUCCACUUCCUUACUUAUGUGGCUUUUCAUCGGGGUUGGUUUUCCUGCUCUGGUGCUGUUCGGCUGGAAUAUAUAUAAAUGGAGAAAGUCUUCCUCUGUAAAGGAGAAAGAAAAAGAAGAAGCCAAAGCACAUUUGAUACCUGGUAACAAUGAGCACGUAAACUCUACUGUUUCUCAAAACAACUUGCCUGAAACUGCUGAGAGAAGCAAUUUGGAGUUGAGCAAUAGAGAAGAAAACUCUUUCCUUCCAAGUACAUCAUCCAUUUCACCAUUGUGUGAGGUUGCUCUUUUGAAUGAGCAGUCAAAUGUAGGAAAUGAUGUACUGAGAUCUAACAAACUUGUAGUGAUGAUUAAAAAUUCUUUUGAAGGGUGGGAAGACAUUUGUUUGCUGAUAAUGGACAUGGUGGGAGAAACUUACUGGAAUACACUUAUGAGGAAGUGUGGCUUAUCAGACAAUGACAUUGACAAAAUAAUCCAUGAUUAUCCUCAUAUUAAUGAACAGUAUCAUCAGAUGUUAAAAACUUUGCGAGACAGGAAUGGAACUGUUGAUGCUUUAAAUAAAAUACUUGCUGGCCUGCAGGAAAUGAAACUUAAAGGUAUUUAUGAAAAUCUAGUAAAUGAAUUAAAAAGCAGAGGUAUAGUAACAAUGGUGGCCGAAGACUAAUUUAGUUUUUGUUUAUUUAUUUUUAACUAUGCAAAAACUGAGCUUGGACAAUGUUUGGAAAUCACAAUCCCUUCUGUGAUUCUUUAAUGUCCUUAUAAAAAUGCUAUUGUGACCAAAGUUCAGUGUAACAUUCAAACAUUUCAUGCAUUGCUAAAUGUCUGAAUGACAGCAGGAUGAAGCUGGAUUCAUAGUUUGCUGCGGGUUCAGCAUUCCAAAUCUACUUUGCUGCACAAGUAAAAUUUCAGUAUCUAAAGCUGCUGAAAUACAGAAUCCAGUGGAGUAAGAAGAGAUCUGUGUGUGCUUUUGCUAGUAUUGUAGGAAAUUACAAAUAAAUUGUGAUAUUUCAUUUGUGGUAUUUUAUUUGGAAAAACCCUAAAGAUGUACAAU